AUGACUCCAUUGAUUGGACUUUUCGUUUUGGCUCUGGGUCAAGUGGUUCUCGCAAGCCAAGAUGCAUUUCAGACCAAAUGUGAACAAUUCGCCAACAAAAUUAACAUCCCCAACGUCAAGGUCAACUUUGCCGAAUAUAUCCAGGGAGGAACGAAUCUAUCCCUCUCUGACAAUGCGCCCAGUUGCGGCGCAGCCUCACAGUCGGUUGGAGUUGACCUUUGCCGGGUUGCAAUGGCUGUGAAAACAUCCAACAGCAGUGAGAUCACGUUGGAAGCAUGGUUUCCGCGCGAGUACACUGGUCGCUUUUUGAGUACUGGUAACGGUGGUUUGUCUGGAUGUAUUCAAUACUAUGACCUCGCAUAUACAGCCCAGUUGGGCUUUGCCACGGUCGGGGCCAAUAAUGGUCACAACGGCACAUCUGGUGAGCCUUUCUAUCGCCAUCCGGAGGUUAUUAGGGACUUUGCCUACCGCUCUGUUCACACCGGAGUUGUCGUUGGCAAGGAGCUCACAAAGAAGUUCUAUGACAAGGGUUUCAAGAAAAGUUACUACCUCGGAUGCUCAACUGGUGGUCGUCAGGGAUGGAAGUCUGUCCAGAAAUAUCCCGACGACUUCGAUGGCGUAGUGGCCGGCUCUCCUGCCAUCAACUUCGCGAACCUGAUCUCUUGGAGUGGCCAUUUCUAUCCUAUCACGGGCCCAUCAUCUUCAGAUACCUUUCUUACACCUGCGGAGUGGAGCAUUGUGCACGAGGAAAUCAACCGUCAAUGUGAUACCAUUGACGGGGCAAAGGACGGGCUCAUCGAAGACCCGUCCUUAUGCUACCCUAUCUUCGAGACCUUGAUCUGCGCGUCCAACGCAUCGAACACAACCGGUUGUUUGACCAGCGCGCAGGUUCAAACUGUCAACAAGGUCUUCGCUCCACUCUAUGGCAUCAACGGCACUCUGUUGUAUCCUCGCAUGCAGCCCGGCUCCGAAAUCACUGCCGCGUACAUCAUGUACAAUGGCGAGCCUUUUACAUACAGUCAGGACUGGUUCCGAUACGUUGUGUACAAUGACCCUUCCUGGAAUGGUACGAGCUUCAACCUUCAAGACGCAGCCGCCGCACUCGCCCAGAAUCCGUACAACAUUCAAACAUUUGAUGGCGACAUCACCCCUUUCCAAAAGUCCGGCGGCAAGGUGCUCCAUUACCACGGGAUGCAAGAUCCAAUUAUCAGCUCCGAGGACUCCAAGCUGUACUACUCUCAUGUCUCCGACACGAUGAAACUGCCUCCUUCCGAGCUAGAUGAGUUCUACCGUUUCUUCCCCGUCAGCGGCAUGGGUCACUGUGCCCUUGGCGAUGGCGCUAGUGCCAUCGGUCAGGGUAGCGCUACUUAUGCAGGUAGCGAUCCAGAAGACAAUGUUCUCAUGGCUAUGGUCAAGUGGGUUGAGGAGGGCGUUGCGCCCGAGACGAUCCGUGGCUCCAAGUUUUCCGAUGGUGUCGGGUCGAAGGUGGAAUAUCGACGCAAGCACUGCCGCUACCCGCGACGUAAUGUGCACGUCGGACCUGGCAACUAUACUGAUGAGAACUCGUGGCAGUGUAUUUAG